CUGUGGCACCAAACAAUUGAGCUUUUUAACCAUACUAAUCAAAAUUAUACUGAAGAAGAAACCAAAUUUAAUCAUCAACCCAGAAAAAAAAUCAAAUCUUUUCAAUGUGAUGUGGGUACUUAAUUCUCCCCAAAUCAUCAAACCACCAUUCUCUCUCUUACCAAUCAAACACAGAACAUCUUCCAAACAACCCAUCACCACCGUCGUUUUCUGCUCUUCCGCCGCCGGCGCCGCCGCUGAAACUGCCAACAAGAACCCCACAAUUCAGUCAUUAUGCAAGAAAGGCAAUCUCAAACAAGCCCUUCAUCUUCUUUCUUCAGAAUCCAAACCAACCCAACAAACUUACGAGCUCUUAAUCCUCUCUUGUGCCCUCCAAAAGUCUUUUCCUGACGCUUUUGCUGUUCAUCGCAACAUUGUUGAUAAUGGGUUUGAUCAAGAUCCCUUUUUGGCUACUAAAUUGAUUGAUAUGUACUCGGAAUUGGACUGUAUUGAUUAUGCACGCCAAGUGUUUGAUAAAAUUCCUAGGAGAACUAUUUAUGUUUGGAAUGCUAUUUUGCGUGCUCUUACAUUGGCUGGUUAUGGGGUUGAUGCGUUGGGUCUUUACAGGGAGAUGAAUAGGAUUGGUAUGCCUUGUGACAGGUUUACUCAUACUUAUGCAAUUAAGGCUUGUGUUGUGUCUGAAUCAAUUACUACUUCGUUGUUGGAGAAAGGGAAGGAGAUUCAUGGCCGGAUUUUGCGACAUGGGUAUGAAACCCAUGUGCAUAUUAUGACAACUUUGCUAGAUAUGUAUGCUAAGUUUGGGAAUGUGUCGUAUGCUAGUUAUAUUUUCGAUGGGAUGCCUGAUAAAAAUGUCGUGUCGUGGAGUGCUAUGAUUGCUUGUUAUGCUAAAAAUGAAAGGCCAUUGGAGGCACUGAAUCUUUUUCAUGAGAUGGUGUAUGAGAUUAGUGAUUUGUCGCCUAAUUCGGUGACUAUGGUUAAUGUACUUCAAGCCUGUGCUGCUCUUGCAGCUUUGGAACAAGGCAGGAUGAUGCACUGUUAUAUAUUGAGAAGAAAUCUUGAUUCCAUAUUGCCAGUUACUAGCGCCCUCAUGACUAUGUAUUCAAGAUGUGGGAAACUCGAGGUUACACAAAAGAUUUUUGACCAGAUGGAUAAGAGGGAUGUUGUUUCUUGGAAUACGUUGAUUUCUAGUUAUGGAAUUCAUGGUUUUGGCAUGAAGGCUGUUCGCGUUUUUGAGGAAAUGCUUAGUAGGGGAAUUAAACCCAGCGCCAUCUCUUUUGUGAGUGUAUUAGGAGCUUGUAGUCAUGCAGGGCUUGCUGAUAUGGGAAAAAGGUUAUUUGAUUCAAUGACCGAGCAGCAUGGGAUUUCUCCUAGUGUAGAGCACUAUGCAUGCCUGGUAGAUCUAUUAGGCCGUGCCAAUCGAAUAAAAGAAGCAGCUAAAGUUAUAGAAGAGAUGAAAAUCAAGCCAGGACCAAAAGUUUGGGGUUCUCUCCUUGGCUCAUGUAAGAUUCACGGUAAUGUCGAGCUUGCAGAGAGAGCAAGCACUCAACUUUUUAAACUCGAACCUGCCAAUGCUGGAAAUUAUGUGCUGUUGGCUGAUAUUUAUGCAGAAGCUGGAAUGUGGUAUGAAGUGAAGAGAGUGAAGCAGCUUCUAGAAGCCCAGGGACUGCAGAAGGUUUUUGGUCGAAGUUGGAUUGAAGUGAGAAGGAAGAUCUACUCGUUCAUGUCAGUUGAUGAACUUAACCCCCAGAUUGAGCUGAUUCAUGCUCUUUUGGCUGAGUUUUCUGAGGAGAUGAAGCAGCAGGGAUAUACCCCACGGACCGAACUUGUUCUCUAUGACCUUGAAGAGAAGGAGAAAGAACGGAUUCUCCUGGGACACAGUGAAAAACUAGCUGUUGGCUUUGGACUCAUAAAUACUAGAAAGGGAGAAACCAUAAGGAUCACUAAGAACCUAAGGUUAUGUGAAGAUUGUCAUACUAUGACCAAGUUUAUCUCCAGAUUUACCGGCAGGGAGAUUAUGGUUAGGGAUGUUAAUCGCAUUCAUCAUUUUCGUGAUGGUGUUUGCUCCUGUGGCGAUUACUGGUAGUUUCAUGUAAAAUUUAUGCUGAUUCUUUAUACCUUAACAACAUAAAGAAAUCUCAGUUGGAUCUAGAUGAUUUUAUGUGUUGUACAGUGACCACAAGAACAUAAACAAAUUAUACGUAGUAGGUUUUUUUUUUUUUUUUUUUUUUUUUUUUUUUUUUUUUCACAGUUCCUUUGCAGUUGCAUCAUUUUUUUUUAUUCGGUAGAUCGCUGUUGCGUCAUUUAUCAGUCUUAUUGAAUCUCGACUGUUUUCAGGACAAUGAGCUAAGUAGUUUAUGUGCCCAAUGAACCUUUGUCAAAGUAAUAUUAUUUUUAUUAUGCUUCAUUUGGUGUUUGGGAUUUAUACUUGUACUGCAUGAAUCAAAAUAUCCCUCAACGUUGUGCAUCAAAGCUAGCAUGGCUACUCAGGUGUAAGGGGG